AAGUUUUAUAGCAACAGCCAAACAGAGGCAGCAGCCAGUGGAACUACAGGCAUUAUGCUGUGUGCUCUGAUUCUCUUGUCUGGUCUCCUUGGGGCCACCAUGGCCAGCCCCAUCUCGGGCCCCCAGGAGUGUGCCAAGGGCUCAGGAGUAUGGUGUCAGGACCUACAGGCAGCUACAAGGUGUCAGGCCGUGAGGUACUGCCAGAAUGCUGUCUGGAACAAGCCCACAUCCAGGUCCCUGGCCUGCGGUGUGUGCCAGGAUGUGGCUGCCGCUGCUGGUAAUGGGAUGAAUCCAGAUGCUACAGAGUCGGACAUUUUGGCAACAGUAAUGAAGACCUGUGAGUGGCUUCCGAGCCAGGAGUCUUCAGCUAAGUGUAAGUGGAUGGUGGACAACUACAGCUCAGAUGUCCUGGGAAUGCUCAGCAGAACCUCAGGCACUGCCCUGGCUCCGGUAUGUACUGCACUCACCCUCUGUGAGACACUACAGAGGCACCUAGGCACAGCCACUUCUGAGAGUUCGCUAACUCCAGAGGACGCAACUGAGGUGAUAGCUCCAUUCUUAUCCAAUGGGGCCCUGAGUUUCCACCCACCACAGAUGCCCGGGGGUGCCGUGUGCCAUGACUGUGUCCAGCUGAUCUCCCGGCUCCAGGACACCCUAGAGUCUAACUUGACCUUGGCAGAGGUAACUGUCCAGAAUCAGUGUGAGUCCCUAGGGCCUGGCCUGGCUGACCUCUGCAAGAACUACCUCCACCAGCAAUUUGUCCCUGCUAAGCAAGCGCUGCAGGCUCUGCCCCCACAGGAGGUCUGCAGGAAGGGGGGCUUCUGUGAGGAACAGAGAGAGCCUGCCCACCGGCUGGCUCAAGUGGCCGCUGUGGACGGAGUCCCCUCUCUGGAGCUGGAAUUGCCGCGGAAGAAUGAGAUGCAGAUGCAGUUGGGCCUGACCUGUGAUGUGUGUUUGAAUGUAAUCCAGGAGAUGGACAAGUGGCUCAAGACCAACAGCACAGAAGCUCUCAUCACCCACACCCUGGAGCGAGUGUGCUCCAUAAUGCCCAGUUCUCUGGUCCAGCAGUGCGUCACCCUGGUGGACUCCUACAGCCCCAGCUUGGUGGAGCUCGUGAGCAGAGUCACCCCAGAGAAAGUGUGCGACACCAUCGGGCUGUGUCGUAGCAAAAGGCAGGCAAGGUCCAUCUCCAAGGCUGAGGCAACCACACCAUCCCUGCUGAUGGAUGAGGAAAACCAGGGCACCUUCUGCCAGGGAUGCAAAAGGCUGCUGGACGUGUCUUCCCAGAAUCUGGACCGCAAGAGCACCAAGCGGGACAUCCUGAAUGCCUUCAAAGGUGGCUGCCGAAUCCUGCCAUUGCCUUACCUGCUGCAGUGCCACCGUUUCGUCGCGGAGUAUGAACCCGUGCUCCUAGACAGCCUCAGGUUCAUGAUGGACCCCACAGACCUGUGCAAGAAGAUGGGGGCCUGUCACGGCCCCAAGGAUCCACUGAUAGGCACGGAUCAGUGCGUCAUGGGCCCCAGCUUUUGGUGCAAGAGCCAAGAGGCUGCCGAGAUGUGUGAUGCCUUGGAGCACUGCCAGCGCCUUGUGUGGAAAAAGCCAGGCAACAAAAACAACAAGCAGCCAUGACUGUGUCCAACAGAACCCAAAGCCUGCCAGGGCUGACCCCCACCCACCUGCAGGCUUCGGCCUCGCAAGAGGACCCUAUGAGGUGGGUACUAUCCUGUCCUCAUGUCAUAGAUGGAAAAAAACUGAGGCUCUGAUUAGGGAAUUGCAGCAGAGCAGAGCUGACAUCCAAAGCCAUGCUCUCCUGAUGCUGGGCAGCUUUCUCUCUGUCUCUGCCCUUAUCAAAGUCUUUUACAAGCAGAAGGUCCCCCUCCACCCCUGCCACAAGCAGGAAGUCCUCCUCACCCCUGCCCCAGUAAGCCACCCUCUCCUGCCAUGCUGUGAUGCUGAUGGCCUGGAGAAAUCUGUCAGUGGCCUCCCAUGCAGGGUGAGCACCCAGCUCUGAGCCAAAGCAAUUGCAGGAGGGUCAGGUAGGUAAGGGUAGGGUAGAGGGGACUGUCAUUAGUCAGGCCAGUGGUCCUUAUCAAUAGUGAUGGGUGGAG